AGUAGUUUCUGAUGAAACUUUCCGAAAAGGAGUGAAUUUCAUAUUAGCUUUGAAACUCUUUCCUUCGGAAUUAUGGGGACUCAGUCCUUGGAGAGACUGGUAUUGGAGGCUGUGGAAGAGCGAGGGAGUAUCGAGACUUUCGAAUUUUCCAAAGAACUUGGGAAAGAUCAUCAAUCUAUUGUUGGAAGUAUAAAGAGCAUCCAUGCUCUUGGGGAUGUGGUAAAUGUUGAACAACGACAAGCAGAAGGCUGGGUGCUGACAGACGAAGGAAGUGAAGUUGUAGAGAAAGGAAGCCAUGAGUUUCUUGUGUUCAAAGCUGUUCCACCCGAGGGAUUACCUCAAGCGGAAAUAAAGAAGCUUGGUCCACAUGCUAAUGUUGGUUUUAGUAAAGCUAUGUCAGCUGGAUGGCUUCAGCUGAACAAGAAUGCUGAGGGAGGACCCAGGGUUAUGAGGAAGGCCGAGGAUGUAAAAGAUGAUGUCCAACUGGCACUCAUAAAAAUCAGGGAUCAGCAGCUUUCAGACAUCCCCGAUGUAAAGAUGAAGGAAUUCAAGAAAAGGAAGCUAAUCAAGACACAGGUCAUCAAGAGCUUUUAUGUGACCAAAGGCACUGAAUUUACCACAUCACCAACAAAACUAGAAGCUGAUUUGACAGCAGACAUGCUUGCAAGUGGUUCUUGGAAAGAGAAGCAAUUCAAGCCAUACAAUUUUGAUGCACAAGGAAUCUUACCAACAUCAGGACAUCUUCAUCCUUUGAUGAAAGUUAGAGCCCAUUUCAGACAAAUCUUCUUAGAAAUGGGGUUUACAGAAAUGCCUACAAACAACUUUGUGGAGAGCUCCUUCUGGAAUUUUGAUUCAUUGUUUCAGCCUCAACAGCACCCAGCCAGGGAUGCACAUGACACCUUUUUUAUGGCAGAACCAAAAUAUGCCAAGCUAAAGGAAAUGCCUGAGUCUUAUAUUGAAAAAGUGAAAAACAUGCAUGAAUCUGGAGGACAUGGAUCACAGGGAUAUAAAUAUGAGUGGAAACUUGAAGAAGCCAAAAAGAACAUUCUCAGAACUCAUACAACUGCUGUUAGUGCAAGGAUGCUGUACAAACUGGCUCAACAGGAGAAAUUCACACCAGCUAAGUAUUUUUCAAUUGAUCGAGUGUUUCGUAAUGAGACCUUAGAUGCCACUCACUUAGCAGAGUUUCAUCAGAUUGAAGGUGUUGUGGCAGAUUAUAAUCUGACACUUGGGGAUUUGAUUGGAGUGCUCUAUGAGUUUUUCAAGAAGCUAGGUAUUACACAGUUAAGAUUCAAGCCAGCAUACAAUCCUUAUACAGAGCCAAGCAUGGAAGUUUUCAGUUACCACGAAGGCCUCAAGAAGUGGGUUGAAGUUGGCAAUUCAGGAGUGUUCAGACCUGAAAUGUUACUCCCAAUGGGCUUACCAAAAGAUGUGUCUGUUAUUGCUUGGGGACUCUCUUUGGAAAGGCCAACCAUGAUCAAGUACAAGAUUUCAAACAUCAGGGAUUUAAUAGGACACAAAGUGGACCUUGAAAUGGUUCAUAAGAAUCCAAUCUGUCUUCUUGAGAAAUCUAAUUGAACACAAAAAUGUAUUCCACUUCAUUCUUUGCUGAAGUGGUGUUGAAUAUUUUUACAGAAUUCUCAACCUCACAAUUUUACCACCAGUUGUCAAGUUUCAAAGUAUGUCCUAUAUUAGAAAAAAAAUUCCUAUAAGUAAUUUUUUUAAGCACUUUUAGUAUUUAAAAUGGUGUGUGCAACGACUGUGUAACACUUAUUCUUUUCUUAGCUGUCAUUCAGUUGGUGUGGGUGUGCACAUUGCAGUUGCUCCCUAAUAAAAUUGAAGCCAAAGGGCUAACAUUGCAAUGUCAGUUUUAGAAACUCUUGACGGUUGUCAGUGUACAUUGUUGACUUGGUUGACAAAACCAAAGUAAGUGAUUGGAAUGUUAAGAAACUCGCAUGCAAAAGUUUAUCAGUCUGUAGUAUUUUAGUUGCUUUAAUUUAAGUGUUUAGUGAUUAAUAUAACUAUUAGGCCAGUCUUUGUCACCUCUGAUCUGAGUACCCCAAUCCCCAACUGUUCCCUUCCUUAGCACACUAUUUCCAUUCCUUUCUCCACUUUUAAAAAAGUGUGGAGACUGGGGCUUGUGGCUGAGUGAUGAGGACUUCCACAAGUCCAUCCCAGGAGAGCCAUGAACUAACUAAAGGUAAUUUGGGUUUUCAUAACUCAUUGUAGCACCAAAUUUACAACAAAGCAAAGUUUUUGUGCAGUUGUUUUAUUUUCAGAUCUUCAGUAUUAAUUUUUGCUUCUUGCUGAAAGCUGUCCGGUGCUUUAAGAAGGCAAUUUUCAGUGUCACAAAAAUACAAUAAUGCUGUUACAGUAGCUGUAAUAGCACCUUAUAGUUGCUACACUGAUGAAACACAUUCUACGAGGACUGCUAAAAAUAACACUGUUACAUAAAUACUUAAAUCCUCUGCCAGUGAUAACCUGAUGUCAUGUAUAAUGGAAAAAAAUCUGCAAAUAAAAUCUGCAUUAUAAGA